AUGCACAGCAAGGGGUUAAAAGAUUGCACGAAGAUAGUUACAAUCCACAUGUACCCACUAAAGAUAAUCGAGAUGAUUAUCGAGAUGAUUAUCGAAGAGAUUCUUACCCUCGCCGUGAUAGAGGGCGAUAUGAUGAUUAUGGAAGAGAUUCUAAAAGAGCGGCAUAUGACGGUGGUUCUUCUCGCCCAGAGUAUGAUGGAGGUGGUAGACAUCGUUACGGCCUUGGAAGCGAAGAGCGCAGGCCACAUCACGGUUCACAUUACGGGCCAGGUGAACCGCGUGGUACUGGACACGAAGAAUUUAAGGUUCCAAAUGCCGUUGUUGGCUUAGUAAUCGGUCGUGGUGGUGAGAAUUUGAAGAGGAUUGAGAAAACGACUGGAGCACAUCAGCCUCCGGACGUUGUUGAAAGGCGUGUUACUAUUACCGGUCAACCUGAUGACGUUAAAACCGCUCGAUCAAUGAUUCAACAACUCGUCGAAGACGCUAGUAAUGGGACUUUGACUAGUCGUCGAGAUUCACAUAGUGGCGGUAAUCGUACUACCAUUACGAUUCAUAUUCCCGUUAAUAAAGUUGGUGUCGUAAUUGGACGUGGCGGGGAAACUAUUAGGGACUUGCAAGAUAGAAGUGGCGCACGUAUCAAUGUUACCCCAGAUAGCGCAGCUAGUCCCCAAUCUAAUGAUCGUCCUGUCACUUUAAUUGGUGAUGAAACGGCUGUACAGCGAGCAAAGGCUCUUAUCGAUGAGAUUGUUAAUACUGGAGAAUCGAGUUCUGAUAGGAACCAUCCUAAAGAUUAUCGUUCCAAUAAUUAUGGAAACAAUUAUAAUAAUACCGACAAUAAUCACCAUGGAAACGGUUACAGCGGUGGUCAUUAUGGAUCUAAUCACGGACAAUAUAAUCAUCAUUCAGGUAAGUCCAGUCAAGAUAGUAUAACCAUCCAAGUUCCGAACGAUUCUGUCGGUUUAAUCAUCGGGAAAGGUGGUGAAACAGUUCGAGCGCUUCAACAACAAUCGGGCGCAAAAAUUCAGAUCGAGCCUGUUCAUGGAGUUCCACCUGUAGAUCGUAACGUACAAAUUAUCGGUACUGCUGAAAAUAUCGCUAUCGCGAAAUCAUUGAUUCUUGAAAAAGCUGCAUCCGGAAAUGUACUAUCGUUUUUGCCAUCGCUUGUUGAGUGUGAUUGCUAUCGUUUUUUUUUCCUUCUAGUUUUGGAUAUUAAAGGCCCCAUGCGCGAAAGACAAUCUCGGCAUAAUAACGAUCAAGGACGAAACGAUUACGGAUCAAGCGGAUAUCAACAAAGUGGGUAUCAGCAGAGCGGAUACCAGCAAAGUGGAUAUCAGCAAAGCGGUUACCAACAAGGAAGUUAUCAACAGAGUAGCUAUCCGCAAAGUAGCUACUCACCAAGUAGUGGGUACCAACAAGGUGGAGUUAGCAGCGCUAAUAGUACUGCUAGUGGUUAUCCUAGCGCCAAUACUUAUGGAGUAGCAGGACAACAACCACAAACGGCUUACAGUCAAUAUGGCCAAUACGGUACUGCUCAAGCUGCGACACCAUACAGCCAAUAUCCAACACAGACACAAUACGGAGCUUAUGGUCAAACCACCCAGUAUAGUCAAUCCACCCCCGGACAACCCGUUGGGCAACCCACUAUUCAGCCUGUGAUUCAACCCGUGAUACAGGCUGUUAAUAAUCAACCUACUGGUCAACCAAGUGUUCAACCGCAAGUCGGAUAUUACUCAGCUCAAACGACUACGAUGGAUCCAAACAAAAUUGGAUCGGGAAAUGAAAUUAAGUCCGAUGUUCAAGCAGUAUCGGCCACACCGAACUACGCUUACCAGCAAUAUGGAUAUAAUUAUGGAACGCCAACUUCAAAUCAAUAUCCAACCGUUGCUACCGGACAAAUUCAAACUGCCGCUGUCAGUCAAGCUGCUGGUGGGUAUCCUCUUUUAGGUGCUACUGCGACCGCGUAUGGUACUCCCACGGCAAUCAAUACCGGCUCCAAAGCAGUAAAUUUACUUUUCAUUCGUAAAAAAGUAUUUACCUCUAAUGCGGUUUCUUUUGUUGUUUAA